ACUGCGCCACCUGCUGGCCCUGCAGAGAUUGUCCAGAUUGCUUUCUUUCCGCUUGCACAAGAACACCAAACCGCUGCUCUUUGUUUGUUCAUUGGUUAUAUAUCAGUUUGUUGGGCUGCAGAAGGAACGUGCCUUAGAUGGGAGUCCAGGGUUUGAGCCUCACAGAAACAGGCUGUGGUUUCAGUACCAGCACCUCUCCUUCUAUCUUUAGAAAACUCUCGGAAAACACAGUAAACGUAAGAAUUCAUAAGUGCAGAAAGGAUUUUUAAACGUAUAAAAUUCUACUAAACUGAACUGUGUGUAAUUGGGUCUAAUAAGCUUCCUUCCCUACCGCUCUUUGGGUCUCUAACCCCACCACUCUUCAGGUCCCUACCCUACCGCUCUUCGGAUCUCUAACCCACCAUUUUUUUGGGUCCCUACCACACCGCUCCUCAGGUCCCUACCUCAGGACUCUGAGGCUUUGACCCCACGCCUAUCUGCACCCACAGCAUCAGCUCCAGACGAGCACUUUCCCGCUGCGCUGCACGGUGCAGUUCGUCUCCCCGGCUCUCGGACGUCUCAGCAUUCCUGUGGGGCUGAGUGAGUGUGUGUGUGUGUGUGUGUGUGUGUGUGUGUGUGUGUGUGUGUGUGCGCGUGUGCGUGCGCGCGCAAGCCCCGCCCACUGCUGCUAUAAAGGGCCCUGCGCUGCUCUUCAGCCUCAGACCACUAGCAGAGCUGCCCGAGAGCUCCGGCUGACGGGGACAACGCAGGAUCCGGUCGCAAUGAACAUCCUCCCUCAGAUGCUGCUGUGCUGCUGCCUCCUGGCCGCUGCUGUGUCCAUCGUGGACGCCGCCAAGCUCACCUGGAGCUCGGAGAAAGACAGGUUCACAGCCUGGCUGGUGAGCAGGACGCGGAGAACCGGGAGCGACGGUGCUCAGCUGGACCGCGGCGUGGACACGGAACACACCUCAGUGCCCCAGCCCAGCGUGCGCUUCCGAAGGUCCGGCAACAGCGUGAGUCCGGCUCUCCGGCCAGCCUGCUUCCUGGCGACGUGUUCCGUGCACAUCCUGUCGCACACCCUCAAUGACCGCCAGACCAAGAGGAGCAACGCGCCCCCGGAGAAGAUCGAGGCAGGCGGCUACGGUCGGAGGCGCCGCUCGCUACCUGGGUCACGCCACCAUGGGGUCCAGUUGCGGCAGACAUGAGCCGGAGCGGCAGCAGGGGAAGGACCACCAUGGACAGGGCUGCCGGCCGGCCGCUGCACAUGUUUCGCGGAGAGACUGCUGUGGGGGGAGGGGCGCCAGGACAAGAGCGCCCCCUAGAGGGCAGGGGGGCCAUCCUACAGCAGGACUGCAGAGACACAAGGACAGGCGUCAGGACGCUGAAUGUGGACCAAAAGGCUCCCAAGAUGUAGAUUUUAGUGGCAACGUGACGCUUUUAUACUUGAACUGGGUUUUCCUGCAGAACAGUGUGCAAUCGAUGUGUAUUUGUGUAUAGAAAUAUAUUUUAUUGCUUUUGUACAUAGAAGAUGGAGUGUGUUAAAGCACUAUUUAAAGGUUUUAUACGUUGCCUGUACUUGUACUUGUGGAGAUUAACUAUUUUUAUACAGCAGGAGUCUGAGGGCAUUUUGAUCUUUUUCAUGCGUUUGUGUCCAGAGAAAGUGUGGAAAACUGGGCUCCUCCGAAAUACACGUCUUUUUGUCGCUUUCCUACACGAUCUUUGUGUUUCCUCUCUGUCA